CACCGUCAAAUUUACAGGGCAAUAAAUCAAUCCUAGCCGAAGCUGGCUACAUCAACCUAGUCACCUUUGCUCAGUGCUCCUCAAGAACCACCAAGGGAUAGACAUAGCAAAUAAAGGGAUACGGCUAUGAGAUGGCAAGGAAUCUGAGUGUGUUGGAAGUCCUUCUGAUCAUCUUCUUCCUAACUAUACUCGCCUUAGAUAUCUUCUUGAUGCUUUUGGUGUUGGGAAAUCCUUCAGGUCAUUCAUUUGUUCCAGAGUGCCCAGAGAUCCCCGAAUCAGAGAGGAUAGACUGUGUUCCUGGGCAUGUGGUGACAGAGAAUGUCUGCAGAUGGGUAUAUAAAUGCUGCUGGAAGCCCGUGACACAUACAGGUGCCCCGAGGUGCUUCUUCCCUAGGAACUGGGGCUAUAAAGUCGACACGAGACAGAAUGAUACAACAGGGUUUACCGCCACGUUGAAAAGGCUACCAUCCCCAUCUCUGUUUGGAUAUGACGUCCCUGACGCCCUCUUCGCGGCUGACUAUCAGACAUCCAAUCGUUUUCAUUUUAAGAUCACUGAUAUGGAUAGCAAACGCUAUGAAGUCACCCUUGAAAAUACUGACUUGCUUGAUAGGCCUCCUAAGACCUCUAAUUUGAACUAUCACGUAGAGGUCAUUAAUGAGCCCUUCAGCUUCAAGAUCAUACGGACCAGCAACAAAAGAAUCUUGUUGGACACGAGCAUCGGGCCCCUGCAGUUCGCCCAUCAGUACCUGCAGCUGUCUUUCCGACUGCCCAGCACCUCCGUGUAUGGGCUGGGAGAACACGUGCAUCAGCAGUACCACCACGACCUGACCUGGAAGACCUGGCCCAUCUUCACUCGGGAUGCCGCCCCCACCAAGGGCAUGAUUAAUCUGUAUGGAGCUCAUACAUUCUUCCUGUGCCUCGAAGACACCAGCGGCUCCUCUUUUGGGGUUUUUCUGUUGAACAGUAAUGCCAUGGAGGUCAUCCUUCAGCCUGCUCCUGCAAUCACUUACCGCAUGAUUGGGGGCAUCCUUGACUUUUAUGUAUUCCUGGGAAAUACUCCAGAACAAGUGGUUCAGGAAUAUCUGGAGCUCAUUGGACGACCAUUCUUGCCUCCCUACUGGAGUCUUGGGUUCCAGCUUAGUCGCAGGAACUAUGGCGGCAUCAAUGGAUUGAGGAAGGUUGUGGACCGAAAUCGUGGAGCUGGGAUCCCAUAUGACGUCCAGUACUCUGACAUAGACUACAUGGAAGGGGGAAAGGAUUUUACGAUUGAUAAAGAGGCUUUCCCUCGUCUCGAAGAUUUUGCCAAAGACUUGCACGGCCAAGGAAUGAAAUAUAUAAUCAUUAUGCAUCCUGGAAUAUUAAGUGACUCUAACUACCAGCCCUAUAAGACUGGAAGUAAGAAGAGAGUAUGGAUCUGGCAGGACAAUGAAUUUGCCAUUGGACAGGGAUAUCCCGGAUUGACGGUCUUUCCUGAUUUUAGCAAUCCAGUUUGUAUUGAGUGGUGGAGAGAGCAGAUCAGUGAAUUUCAUAAAACUCUCGAGUUUGAUGGAGUGUGGAUUGAAAUGGAUGAAGUAUCCAGCUUUCACCACGGGUCCAAUCGUGGGUGUGAGUCAAACCACUUGAACGUUCCUCCUUUCACUCCCAGAGUUCUGGACGGCUUCCUUUCUGCAAGAACCCUCUGCAUGGAUGCAGAAUUUCAUCAGGGCCUUCACUAUGAUGUCCACAGCUUGUAUGGCUACUCCAUGGCAAAAGCUACACACUUGGCCAUGGAGGGUAUUCCCUUGAACAAAAGUAGCUUCAUCUUAUCCCGUUCUACUUUUGCUGGGUCUGGCAAGUUUGCUGCUCAUUGGUUGGGAGACAAUGCAGCCACAUGGGAUGAUCUCCGAUGGUCCAUCCCUAGUAUCCUUGAGUUCAACCUAUUUGGUAUCCCCAUGGUAGGUGCCAACAUCUGUGGUUAUACAAAAAAUGUCACAGAGGAGCUCUGCAGAAGGUGGAUGCAGCUUGGAGCCUUUUAUCCACUAUCAAGGAAUCAUAAUGGGCCUGAGUUCGUGGAUCAGGAUCCCGUUGCCUUUGGCAGCCACUCUCUGCUGGUGAAUUCCUCCAAACAUUAUCUGAACAUCCGCUACACUCUACUCCCCUAUCUCUACACCCUUUUCUACCGAGCUCACACCCGGGGAGACACCGUGGCAAGGCCCCUUGUCCAUGAGUUCUACCAGGACCCAGCUACAUGGGAGGUGCAUGAGCAGUUCUUAUGGGGGCCUGGACUUCUCAUCACACCUGUUUUAUAUGAGGGUGUGGACAAAGUGAAGGCAUACAUACCGGAUGCCGUGUGGUACGACUAUGAGACAGGAGUAGCUAUCCAGUGGAGGAAACAACUGGUGGAGAUGCAGCUACCACCCGAUAGGAUUGGACUUCACCUCCGUGGGGGCUUCAUAUUUCCCACCCAGCAGCCCAACACAACCACUGAGGCCAGUCGGAAGAAUCCCCUGGGACUCAUUGUUGCCUUGGACUAUAAGAGAGAAGCGAAGGGAGAGCUGUACUGGGAUAAUGGUGAAUUCAAAGAUGAAAAGUAUAUUCUGUAUGAUUUUUCUGUCGCCUCCAACCAUCUACAGGCAAAGGUUAUAAAUAAUAACUAUACGGACCCCAACAACCUCACGUUUACAGAUAUCAUAAUCUUGGGAAUGGACAAGCAACCUAUGAAUUUCACUGUUUCAUUGAAGAAUUCUUACAGGUCCAUUUUAAAUGUUACCUACAAUGUUUCAUCAAAGGUGGUGAAGAUUACUGAUCUCAAGGGACUGGUACUUGGACAAGAAUUCUCCAUUAAAUGGGAACUUCCAGUCAGUGACCUGGAGAAAUUCAACUGCUACCCUGAUGAGCCCCCCCUCACUCUGGAGCAUUGCAGGAAGCGGGGCUGCCUCUGGGAGGACACAACUGUUCCUGGUGUGCCUACCUGUUACUAUGACACCAUCCCUAGUUAUGCUGCCAGUAACAUUCAGUACCUGCCUACGGGCAUCACCACAGACCUCACCCACCUGAUGACCCCUGAAUCAACUCGAGCAGCCACUGCUGCUGGUUCUCUUUCUGCAACGAUCAGCUUCCUCCGCCUGAGUGUCAUCUACCACACAGAAAACAUGCUGCAGUUCAAGAUCUUUGAUGCCACUAACAAAAGGUACGAGGUCCCAGUGCCUCUGAACAUGCCUCCCUCUCCUGUUGGCUCCCCUGAAAACCGUCUGUAUGAUGUCAGGAUUCAGAACAAUCCUUUUGGGAUCCAGAUUCGACGAAAAAGCUCCAACACUGUGAUUUGGGACUCUCAGCUCCCCGGCUUUACUUUCAACGACACGUUCCUCUCCAUUUCGACUCGCCUCCCCUCUCAGUACCUCUACGGCUUUGGGGAGACUGAGCACACAGCUUUCAGGAGAAAUAUGAGCUGGAACAUGUGGGGAAUGUUCGCUCGUGAUGAGCCACCUGCGUACAAGAAGAAUUCCUAUGGCGUCCACCCCUACUACAUGGCACUGGAGCAGGAUGGCAGUGCCCAUGGGGUGCUCCUGCUAAACAGCAACGCCAUGGAUGUAUCAUUCCAGCCCACUCCUGCCCUGACAUACCGCACCACAGGAGGGAUUUUGGACUUUUAUAUGGUUUUGGGGCCAACCCCCGAGCUUGUAACUCAACAGUACACUGAGUUGAUUGGUCGGCCAGCAAUGACUCCAUACUGGGCCUUGGGAUUCCAGCUAAGUCGCUAUGGAUACGAGAAUGAUAAGGAGAUCUCCCAAUUGUAUGAGGCAAUGAUGGCGGCCCAGAUUCCCUAUGAUGUCCAGCAUGUAGACAUCGAUUACAUGGACCGGAAGCUGGACUUCACUCUCAGCCCCAGCUUCCAAAACCUCGGUCUCUUGAUUGACCAAAUGAAGAAAAAUGGCAUGAGAUUCGUUCUCAUUCUGGACCCAGCCAUUUCUGGCAACGAGACCCAUUAUCCCACAUUCAAGAGAGGGCAGGAAAACAACGUAUUCAUCAAAUGGCCUGAUAACAAUGAAAUCGUCUGGGGAAAGGUUUGGCCAGACUUGCCCAAUGUGAAUGUGGAUGCCACCCUUGACCAUGAAACUCAGGUUAAGCUGUACAGAGCCUACGUUGCUUUUCCUGACUUCUUACGUGAUAGCACAGCUGCAUGGUGGAAGAUGGAAAUACAGGAGCUCUAUGUGAACCCUCAAGAGCCAAAGAAGAGCUUGAAGUUUGAUGGAUUGUGGAUUGACAUGAAUGAGCCAUCAAACUUUGUGGAUGGAUCUGUCAGGGGCUGCAGCGAUAAAAGUCUUAACAAGCCACCCUAUAUGCCACAUUUGGAGUCCAGGGACAUGGGCCUUAGCAGCAAGACCCUGUGCAUGGAGAGUCAGCAGAUCCUGCCAGACGGCUCACGGGUGCGACACUAUGACGUGCACAGCCUGUACGGAUGGGCCCAGACCAGACCCACCUACGAAGCCGUGCAGGCGGUGACAGGACAGCGAGGGGUUGUCAUCACCCGCUCCACGUUCCCUUCUUCUGGCCGCUGGGGAGGUCACUGGCUGGGAGACAACAGGGCCGCGUGGGACCAGCUGAGGAAGUCUAUCAUUGGCAUGAUGGAGUUCAGUCUCUUUGGAAUAUCUUAUACAGGAGCAGAUAUUUGUGGGUUCUUUGGAAAUGCCGAAUAUGAGAUGUGUCUUCGCUGGAUGCAGCUGGGGGCCUUUUACCCAUUUUCCAGAAACCACAACACCAUCGGGACAAGGAGACAAGAUCCUGUGGCCUGGAAUUCAACCUUCGAGAUGUACUCAAGAAAAGUCCUUCAGACCAGAUAUGCCCUGCUGCCUUACCUCUACACUUUGAUGCAUAAAGCUCACGUUGAGGGCAGCACUGUCGUCCGACCCCUUCUCCAUGAGUUUACAAAUGACAGAGUGACAUGGGAUAUAGACCGUCAGUUUAUGUUGGGCCCUGCUAUCUUAAUCAGCCCCGUGCUGGAAAGUAACACUUUUGAGAUCCAAGCUUAUUUUCCCAGAGCCCGUUGGUACGACUACAGCACGGAAUCUGGCAAUACGUCAACAGGUUACUGGAAAACCCUGGAGGCUCCCCUUGACCACAUCAACCUUCAUAUCAGAGGAGGCUACAUCCUGCCUUGGCAAGAGCCUGCAAUGAACACUCAGGCCAGUCGACAAAAAUUUAUGGGAUUGAUUGUUGCUUUGGAUGACAAUGGGAAAGCUGAAGGUCAGAUAUUCUGGGACGAUGGACAAAGCAUUGAUACCUAUGAAAAUGGAAACUAUUUCUUGGCAAACUUUAUAGCAGCUCAGAACAUAUUGCAAAUCCAGACCAUGCACAAUAAGUAUUUGAGUGACUCAAAUCCACUGAAAGUUGGAUAUAUUAAAAUCUGGGGGGUAAACUCUACUUAUGUGACACAAGUCACUUUUACUUAUGACAACAAGCAAUUCAUGGAGAAGAAUUUCAAGAGUGACCCUUACAAUCAGAUACUAACAAUUCAAUUGACUGACAAGAUUAUCAACCUGGAAAAACUAACUGAGGUUACCUGGAUAUACGGUGGCCCUAUAAUUUCCACUACACCUAUGACAAGUACCUUCCCGACAGAGUCUCUACAUCCUUCUACAGUUACGACUAAGGCUACCACUUUUGAAACUGUUAUCACUAGUUCUGCGAGUACUACUACGACUCUUCCUAUCACAACCACUCCUUUCCCAACAAGUACUAUGGAAGAUACAACAAAUACUACUAUUACUAAUAGCACUACACCAUCCUCUACAAGUACCCCUACUGCUAGCACUAGUACUCUGCCGAUCACAACCACUCCUUUCUCAACAAGUACUAUUGAAGUGACAACAAGUACUGCUGGUCCUGAUACCCCUACACCUGCUGCUACAAGUGCUACUACUAGCAUUAGUACUCUUAUCACAACCACUCCUUUCCCAACAAGUACUAUUGAAGUGACAACUAGUGCUGCUGGUCCUGAUACCACCACACCUGCCCCUACAAGUACUACUACUAGUAGUAGUACUAGUGCUCUGCCGAUCACAACCACUCCUUUCUCAACAAGUACCAUUGAAGUGACAACGAGUACUACCAGUUCUGAUGCCACUACGCCGUCCUCUACAAGUACUCCUGCUGCUAGUACUAGUGCUCUGCCGAUCACAACCACUCCUUUCGCAACAAGUACUAUUGAAGGGACAACUAGUACUGCUGGUCCUGAUACCCCUACACCUGCUGCUACAAGUACUAGUAGUAGUAGUAGUACUAAUACUCUUCCUGUCACAACCACUCCUUUCCCAACAAGUACUAUUGAAGUGACAAGUACUACCAGUUCUGAUGCCACUACACCAUCUUCUACAAGUACCCCUACUGCUAGCACUAGUACUAGUCCUUUGCAAACAAGUACUAUUGAAAGUACCACUCCUUUGCAAACAAGUACUAUUGAACUUACAACUAGUACUACUAUUACUAAUACCAUUACACCUUCCCCUACAAGUACUAUUUCUAAUACUAUGCUUCCUAUUACAACCACUCCUUUCCCAAAAAGUGCUAGUGAAGCUACAACUAGUACUUCUGGACCUGAUACCACUACACCUGCCCCUCUAACUAUGAAUGCUAGCACUAGUACUCUUCUUAUCACAACCACUGCUUUCCCAGCAAGUACUAUUGAAUUUACAACCAGCACUACAUAUCCUGAUACCACGACACCCACCCCUACAAGUAUGACUGCUAGUACUACUCCUCUUCCUAUCACUCCCACUCCUUUCCCAACAAGUAUUACUGAAGCUACAGCUAAUGCUACCUAUUCUCAUGUCACUGUACCAUCCUCUACAAGUAUUCCUACUGCUAACACUAGUACUCUUCCUGUCACAACCACUCCAUUCCCAACAAGUACUAUUGAACUUACAACUAGUACUAUUAUUCCUAAUACCACUACACUGUCCCCUACAAGUACCACUGCUAGCACUAGUACUCUUCCUGUCACAACCACUCCUUUCCCAACAAGUACUACUGAAGUUACCACUAGUACUACCCAUCCUGAUACCACUACACCUUCCCCUACAACUACGGCUAAUGCUACUACUACUCUUCCCAUUGCAACAGCUCUUUUCCCUACAAGUACUAUUGAAGUUACAACUAGUACUACUAUUCCUGAUACCACUAUACCACCUGCUACCAGUACUACUGCCAAUACUAGUAGUAUUCAUCCUAUCACAACCACCCCCUUCCCAACAAAUACUACUGAUGCUAGCACCAAUACUAGUGUUCUUAUUACCGCUACUCUUUCCCCAAUAAGUAUCGAUACCACUACCAUUAAUAAUAGUGUUUUAAUUGCACCCACUGCUUCUCCUAUGAAUGCGGGUGAUAAUACUACUAACAACAGUUUUCCUAUUACGACUCCUUUUUCUGUAAGUACUUAUGAUACAAACACUGCUAUUGCUAUGGUAAUGACUUCUUUUACAAGUACUGAUGUUGCUAGCGCUGGCAACCACACUCCUAUUACCAGUUCUCCUUCCCUUACGAUAUCCGGUGGGAAUAGCACUAGCAUUACUAUUCCUACAACGUCUACUCCUUCUUCGACAGAUAUUUAUUCUCCUAGCACUAGUGUAAUAGCUAAUACCACCACCAACACUGUAAACGGUACAGGGCAUGCAGUAAAUAUUACUGAUGCAGAUAACUCUAACAGUGUUCCAUAUAACACUACCCAUGUUUCUAUUCCAAAUGCUACAAUGGCCUCAGACACAUUAAUGACUGUUCUUCUAGACACAGCAGCUCACAAUCAGGUAACAGCCAACUCUGCAGUUAGUUAUUUACCUAUUGUUGCAACUAAUGCUACCACAGAUAGUACAAAUAUUACCAUAUAUGCUUUAAACACUACCAUUCUUGAUAGAACAACAAUGGAUGCUUCUACUCCCGUAUCUACCUACAUUGCAAACACCGUAAAUGCGACUCUAGUUCCAUGAUUACUACUCGAAGCAGGACAGUUACUAUGGACAUCUCUUUAAAAAAACUAUUACAGGGGCACCUGGGUGGUUCAGCUGGCUAAGAGUCUGACUCUUGAUUUCAGCUUAGGUCAUGAUCUCACAUUUCAUGAGAUCAAGCCCUGCACUGGGCUCUGCGCUGACAGUGUGGAGCCUGCUUAGGAUUCUCUCUCUCUCCCCCUUUCUCUCUGCCACUCCCCAACUCUCACAUGUGCACACACACACACAUACCCUCUCCAAAUAAAUACAUAAACUUGAAAAAAAACAAGUAUUACAGAUAUAAAAAAUGAAUGAACAGAUACAUGAUCUUAUGCUACGUAAGUUUUCACAAAUGUUAACAUUAGCUUUUACAUAUAUGGCUAUUCUGAGCACUGUAAACUUUGCAGAUAUGUCUAAAGAUGUAUCCAUGACUACUUUUAUAAGUGUAAUUAAAGAAGGCAUGGAUACUUCUUUUGCAGCCAGAAUAUAUACUCCUAUUUUGAAAAUUAUAACUCCUGUAGUCCCAGCAAUUAAACUGUAGAUAUGUUAUACAUCUUUGCUAGAGACUUCAUAGAUAAUUUUGGUAGCUCAGAUAAUACCAUAUUAGGCUCUGUAAAUACUAUUGUUUUAGGUGUAGUUAUUGAAGUAACCUAACUUAUUCUUGGGUUGCAAGACAUGAUACCAUAACUGACAGCACUGGUGAUAUGGGGCACUCACAUGGCCAAUAAAGCAACAGUUAUUAAUAUCAUAGUAGAUUAUUUAAUUAGCAAUGUUAAAAAAUAAUGCUUUAUUUUCUUAGGGACUUUCCCACAUACCAUGGCUACCAAUAUAGCAAUUCACUAUUACACAUCUUGAAAGUAUUAUUGCUUCUAAAGCAAUCCUACAUCCUAGCUAUAACUAUAGAUAUGGAAAGUGCUAUCAUUAUAGAUCUUGUACAUACUUUGACUCCAGGAACUAAAAUAAUUACAUUAAAAAUAUGAUUACUUUUGGGGCGCCUGGGUGGCUCAGUCGGUUAAGCGUCCGACUUCAGCCCAGGUCACGAUCUCAAGGUCCGUGAGUUCAAGCCCCGCAUCAGGCUCUGGGCUGAUGGCUCAGAGCCUGGAGCCUACUUCCGAUUCUGUGUCUCCCUCUCUCUCUGCCCCUCCCC